AUGAAGCAGAAGCAAUGGCCUCUUCAUAAAUCAUCCUUGAUCAAAAAGCAAAGGAAUACCUACGCCUUCGCAAAAUCAUCGAAUCCCCCCCCCCCAAUUCAAUGCCCCAUCAAUCUCCGCCAUCCCCUACGACGCAUUAGUCAGGAUCACCGCGUCCUUCACUCUGCCUCGCUCGUUUGCAGAGCGUGGAGGGACGCGCUCAAGCCGCUCAGCGAGGCCAUGGCUAUUGGGAAAUGGGGAUGUUUCAAAAGGCGAUUGUUUGAGCUUGGUGAUCCCGCUGGACAAUGUAAUUUGGCUAUCUCGUUUCUGCAAGCUAAACCUCCAAAUACCAACCAGGCAGUUGAGUGGCUGUACAAGGCUUCCAUUGCCGGCCAUGCUCGCGCUCAAUACCAACUGGCGCCUUGUUUUCAUCAAGGAAAAGGGGUGGAACAAAGUGUACAACAAGCGGGAUACAGCAGGCCACUGAACCUGAGAAACAAGAGCCUCUUUUUAUCUACACAAAAGGAGUUGUUCGAUUGUGUUGAAGCAGAGAAGUCACGCGGAGGUUGCUUCAAACGAGAGGCGUUGAGUGUGACGAAAGCAGUCACACUGCCAAUGUCCAUGGAAUCUCUACUGGCAAUGCAGGCUGAUCAGAACAAGACAAUUCUACUUGGAAUUGCUGGAUCUAGUUACAAAGACAUGCUGAUGAGCUGGGUCUGCAGGCUGCAUUACCUCCAAGUACCGAACUAUUUGGUCUGCGCCCUUGAUGAUGAAGUCUAUGAUUUCUCAGUCCUGCAGGGCGUCCCAGUUAUUAAACGUGCAUCUCCUCCAACCAACAUCAGCUUCGAUGACUGCCAUUUCGGAUCCGAGUGCUUUCAGAAAGUAACUAAAGUGAAGUCAAGAAUGGUUCUGCAGAUUUUGGAGCUUGGGUAUAAUGUGCUUUUGAGUGAUGUGGAUGUGUAUUGGUUCAAGAAUCCAUUGGAUUAUCUCACUUCUUUCGGCCAGGGCGUUCUUGUCGCACAGUCCGAUGAAUUUAAUUUCACAGGAGCAAUAAACUUGCCUCGGCGCCUCAACUCCGGCUUCUAUUAUGCUCAUUCAGACAGAAUAACAAUUGCUGCGCUGGGAAAGGUGGUGCAGCACGCUGCCUAUUCCAAUCUAUCCGAACAACCAAGCUUCUACGAUACGUUAUGCGGGGAAGGUGGCUCCUACAGGUUAGGCGAUGACCAGUGCUUGGACCCAGAAACGAACUUACGGGUCCAUUUCUUGGACCUAGAUCUCUUCCCAAAUGGUGCAUACCAGGGUCUAUGGGAGGAGGAGGACACAAAGAAGGCCUGCGAGGAAAGGGGCUGUUUUGUUCUACACAACAACUGGAUAAACGGGAGAAAUAAGAAGCUCGAAAGGCAGGUAUUGUCCGGGCUGUGGGAGUAUGACAUCAACACUAGAAUGUGUUUGCAAAGCCGGUACACGACAAAUCCCAAAAGUUAUUUCUAAGCAUCAUUGGAGCUAAUUCCUAUGUGUGGACAUCGAUAACUUAGUUCAUGCUGUUGGACUUUUAGAAUAAAACUAAAAAAAGGAAAGAGCUUAGGAAACUAAGAAAAACAUAGGUUUUAGAGCAUUAGAUACCUACCCCCACACCACAGCUUCAUCAAUCUGCUUCUGCUGGUCUGAGAUGCUGGAGGGAUGUUUUCAUGUUUCCAGUCGACCGCAAGCCCAGCCGUGCAAAAUACGUGCAAGAGAAAGCAGGAGGUGAGAGAGGAGACGCCGUCUCAUUCACAGAGUGUGAGCAGGCAAAUGAAGGAUAUCAUGGUGAGGUUAGUUCAUGCUGGUGGGCGAGUAGAAAUGUAUCAUACUCGAAUUCGUGCCUCCGAACUCAUUCGGAAAUACCCAGAUUUCUGCAUCACUACUCCUCAGGUCUUCAACCGCCCACAGGAAUCUGUCUUGACAGCAGAUGACGUCUUGUUACCUGGUCGGAAGUACUUUCUCAUGAGGCGUACUUCGGUGGAGAAGCUGAAACGUAGACACUCAGCCAGAGGGAGAGCCAGUGAAGUUGAAGAAGCCGGAGAUGGUAGUUUCGAGGAAUCCAUCACUUCUGCUCAGGACCUCUUCGUUUCCACAGAGCGUCUGUGUCGUGCAGAUUCUGCAUCGAAAAAAUAUGUGAAAGAGAAGAGACCAUUCGUUCCACCAAUCCAGAAGCCGAAGCUAUGGAAGGAAAGCGACUGAGAGCCGAGCCUCGAUUCUAUACAAGAGUUAUCUCCAUGAACACAAACCGUUUAAUCAGAUUCCUCUAUGUUUUGGCUUCUUGUGUUUGAUUAUGAACUUUCUUGAUUGAGAAAUAAUACUCCGUACUUGAUUAUCA